CUCUUUUAACAAAAAGGAAAAGAGGGGUUCGCUGAUAGACAAACAUUCAACAAAUUCCCCUUUCCUUGUGUAAGAUUACACAAAUACCGGAGUAGAAGAAGGCAUCUCUUCUUUUCUCUUCUUUUUCUCUUUUCAACUAAACCAUGAAAAAGCAGGUUCUAUGGGACCUUUGUGCUUCUGAUGCCUCUCUUGUAAAAACACUCAAAGACAACUAUGAGGCGAACCAGCUUUAUACUCGUAUAAGCGACAACAUCUUGGUCUCAUUAGCUCAUUCUACUCCAUUUGACCUGACAGCAUCUCUAGACUAUGCCACAGAAUACAAGGAUACGACUGGAUCAAUUAGUCCACUUGCGCCUCAUUUAUUUCAACUCAUAAACCAAGUCUAUCUUCAUAUGAGAAGAACAGGCAUAAAUCAAUCGAUUCUAUUGCAUAACAAAUAUCAAAGCAAAGACACAUCUCAGUCUAUCCUUUCACAUCUUGUGACUCUCAGUGCUCAUAAAAAGGAAACAAAGCUGCAAACCCAGAUCUUACAGAUCAACACCAUCUUGGACGCCUUUGCAGAUUCAUGCGGGAAAUACAUAGAGAUUCAGUAUAACGAACGCGGCAGGAUGAUCGGAUCGAAACUAUUGACCUUUUUAUUUGAUAAACGACGAGUCAUCAGCCGACACAAUUACCCGGUAUUCUAUCAUCUAUUGUUCGGCGCAUCUCCAGAGGAGCGAUCCCUUUUUUCAUUACCCGCCACCUUUGAAUCCCGAUAUGUUCGAUCUGAUCAGCCAUACGAAGAUCAAGAGCAGUACGAAUGUCUGAAGGCUGCGAUGAGAAUAUUAGGUUUAAGCGCAAAAAGGACGUCAAGGAUAAUGCAUCUACUUGCUACUUUACUUCAUUUGGGCCAAUUGGAAUUUGCUAAAGGCGAGGAGGAAGGAGCUUAUGUGAAGAACGUACAGGAGCUUGAAUGGGUUGCGGAUGCUCUCGGUGUAGAUGCUCGUGCACUCGAAUUUGCAUUGACUUACAAGACACAGAUGAUCAAAAAGGAUGUCACUACGCUUAUUCUUGAUCCCAAGCAGGCCUCCGUGCAACGCGAUGAACUCGUCUCGACGCUUUACUCUCUUUUCUUCAAUUGGCUGGUGGAGUACAUCAACACCAAAUUAUGCAGCAACGAUGACCUGAACCUCAUCGGUAUUCUCGAUUUACCCUCCCAUUCAUCUCUCGGCAACUUUCAAGCCCUGUGCAUCAAUUACGCCAACGAACGUUUGCAUGACUAUAUCCACCAAUACCUAUUUGAAACAAGCGUGCAAGAGCACAAAAAUGACGGGUUAGACUGCGAUUUUGUGCAUACCCCUGCGUCCGAUUGUCCAGAAUUUUUGAACAAUAUGAUCGAUAUCAUCAGCAGUUAUUCCAAGAAGAGCGACUAUACAGAUGAUAAACAAGGUAGAGCCUUGGUAGAUGCCGUUUCAAAUAACAACAACAGCAAUUGCUUUUCACUUGAAAAAUCAGAAACAGGAGCUCCUCUCUUUGCAAUUCAGCACUUUACAGGAGAUGCAUUGUAUACGCCACGAUUUAUUGAAGCCAACAGAGACGCGAUCGAUCCAGACUUUGUAACUCUGUUUGUAGGUAAUAAUGCAGACUUUCCUGCUUCGAUUAACUCGUUUGUUGCCGGUCUUUUUGAGCAAGUGGUGACCGAGCACCAUCCUAAACAGCAAGGUGCUAUCGUCAGCGCACAAUCUGGACUAGGUCGUUCACCAUCCACAAGGCGAUCCAAGUCAGCAGAGAACGAGAAGUCACGAUCUAAACCAAAGACAUCCCUUGUCCUCAAACAGCUCAAGUCUUUGCUGGGCGAUAUCUUUUCAGCUCUAGAUGAAACCAUUCCUUGGUUUGUUUUUGUCAUUCAACCCACAUUUAGCUCCAUUCAUUUUGAUUCAUCUUUUGUUCAAGAUCAAACAGACUCGCUUGGUCUUACAUCUAUUACUGAGCGAUACAAGUCAGUAAGGAACUUGCUGAAUAUCUAUACAUACCAAGACUUUUGCGAACGCUAUGCACGGGUGCUGAACGGAUUGAACAUAGAGCAUGAUAGAGAAUUGAGUUCGAGAUGUCAAGCCGCAUGCGACUUACUAAACUGGCUGCCUAAUGAAGACUAUAGAAUGGGACAUACAAAGAUAUUUAUGAAUGAUAAAGUGUGGAAACAGCUGGAGGAUAUGCUGCGGUCUGCGGAAAAGGAAGAACAGAGAAAACAGAAAGAGCACCAAAACUUGCAACCAGUACGAGACAUUGGCGACGAAUUUUCAGUAGCCCCAACUAAUUCCACCACAGGGUCUAAUGCCGAUCUUAUUAGUAACAACAAAAAGCAGACAAAAAUGGCCGCUGCUGCAGCAUCAGCAGCAGGUCUCCCUCUCCCUUCCCUUCGCCACAGCGGCUAUUACUCAGAAGCCUCCCUUGCCUCAGCAGAUCAACAAUACAACUAUGAAACCGAUACAGUCUCUGAGGCGUUUGGAGCAUCAUAUAUGGAGCUCAAGAAUAUACCACAACAACAAACACUGCCAAUAGAAGAAGAAAAACACGAAAUGUCAGGUGUCAGAAAACGCUGGCUCUUUUUCGUCUGGUGCAUGACUUGGUGGAUCCCAUCUCCCUUUUUGACCUGGUGCGGCGGAAUGAAGCGUAAGGACAUCCAAAUUGCCUGGCGAGAAAAAGUCACUCUGUGCACAAUCAUCCUUUGCUUAUCGGGUUUUAUCAUUUGGUUUCUCGUCUUUUUCGGUAAACUGAUCUGUCCUCAUCAAAACGUCUUUUCACAAUCCGAGUUGCAAGCGCAUACGUCUCCUGGGAAUGCAUAUAUUGCUAUUCGUGGCGAAGUCUUUGAUCUGACUAAAUUUGCGCCCCAUCACUGGGCAAAUCAGGUCAUCUCGACUUCUGCCAUUAUGGCUUAUGCCGGUAAGGACGCAAGUGACCUUUUCCCUGUGCAAGUCUCUGCUCUCUGUCAAGGCGUGAAUGGCUCUGUCUCUGAAUACGUGUCCCUAGAUUAUCAUUUUAAUCUUACCGAUACAAACUCCAAGUACCAUGAUUUCCGUGCAUGGACAGACGAUUAUCGACCCGAUUGGUACUUUGAACAAAUGAUGUACUUUCGCAAAAAUUACAAACUCGGCAGCAUGGGGUACAGUUCUGCCGAAGUUUACAAGCAAGCUACCGUGCCGGCUGAUAUCAGUGGAACGAAAACCCUCAGGACAUGGGCCAUUCUGAACGGCAGUAUCUAUGACUUGACCUACUAUGUAGCAGGCGGUCGACGUGUGCAGUUUCCAGAAAAUGCAAGCAACAGAAGCGCAGACGGAAUCGAGGUAGAUUACAUGUCAGACGUGGUUGUCAACCUGUUUCGUCAAAAGUCAGGACAAGAUAUCUCUCAGCUUUGGGCAGCUCUACCUCUAGAUCCAGAAGUACGUUAUCGUCAAGAGGUAUGCUUGAGGAACUUGUUUUAUGUUGGAGCAGUCGACGAGCGAAAUUCAGCCCGAUGUAUCUUUGCGGAAUACCUCCUUUUGAUCGUCACGAUUUUUCUUUGCUUGGUCAUCGUCUUUAAGUUCUUGGCUGCCCUUCAGUUUGGUACAACACGUGAGCCUGAAGUGCACGACAAGUUUGUGAUAUGUCAAGUACCUUGUUAUACCGAAGGAGAGGACGAACUUCGGAAGACGAUUGAUUCGAUUGCUGCGUUACAAUACGACGAUAAGAGAAAGCUCUUGUUUAUCAUUUGUGAUGGUAUGAUUGUAGGCGGCGGUAACGACAAGCCCACGCCGCGUAUCGUCUUGGAUAUCUUGGGGGUUGAUCCAUCUGUAGACCCUGAGCCUUUAUCGUUUCUUUCUGUGGGAGAAGGGCAAAAGCAGCACAAUAUGGGCAAAGUUUAUUCUGGACUAUAUGAAUCUUCGGGACAUGUCGUGCCUUAUAUUGUUGUGUCCAAGGUAGGCAAGCCUAGUGAACGACAGAAACCGGGCAACCGUGGUAAACGAGACUCACAGUUGGUCCUGAUGAGAUUUUUGAACAAGGUGCAUUUUAAUGCGCCCAUGACCCCGAUGGAGCUUGAGAUAUAUCAUCAGAUCAAAAAUGUGAUUGGUGUCAAUCCUAGCUUUUACGAGUUUGUGCUUAUGGUAGAUGCCGAUACUGAAGUGAUGCCAGACGGACUCAAUCGUCUUGUCUCUGCCUUUGUUCAUGAUGCCAAGGUCAUUGGUCUGUGUGGUGAAACGAAGCUGUCGAAUGAAAAGGAUACCUGGGUGACGAUGAUCCAAGUCUAUGAAUACUUUAUUUCGCAUUACAUGAUCAAGGCAUUUGAAUCGCUCUUUGGAUCCGUGACCUGUUUACCAGGUUGCUUUUGUAUGUACCGUAUUCGCUCGCCUACCAAAAAUCAGCCAUUGCUAGCGUCCAAUCAAGUAAUCGAAGAUUAUCAAAUUAACCGUGUAGACACCCUUCACAAGAAGAACUUGUUGCAUCUUGGUGAAGAUCGUUAUUUGACAACGUUGAUCUUGAAGCAUUUCCCCAGCUAUAAAACUAAAUUUGUUGCUGAUGCCAAAUGUGCUACCAAUGCACCUGAUCAAUGGAGUGUCUUGCUCUCUCAGCGUCGUCGUUGGAUCAAUUCGACCAUUCAUAACCUUGGCGAACUUGUCUUCUUGCCGCAACUUUGUGGAUUCUGCUGCUUUUCAAUGCGAUUUGUUGUCAUGCUGGAUUUGGUCAGUACCCUAGUUCAACCUGCCAUUGUCGGCUACCUUGCCUAUCUUAUCUAUACACUAGCUACCUCAACAAGUAACAUACCUCUCAUGUCCAUCAUCACCAUUGCUGGUGUUUACGGUCUUCAAGCGAUCAUUUUUAUACUUCACAGAAAGUGGGAACAUAUUGCCUGGAUGAUUGUCUCCAUCUUUGCUAUCCCCGUAUUUUCAUUCUAUAUACCCAUCUACUCUUAUUGGCAUUUUGACGAUUUCUCAUGGGGAAACACACGUGUGGUACUUGGAGAGAAAGGUAAAAAAGUCAUUGUUGGUGCAGACGAAGGUCAGUUUGAUCCCAAUUCGAUUCCAACCAUGACAUGGGACAAGUACGAAGAAGGGCUCUACUAUGAUCCUGCAAUAGAGGUUAUGUCUGUCGGAUCUGGUAGUCAAUAUACCCGUAGUUCAAGUAAUACCAGGCCGUCAAGAAACACUAAUCAGUGCUCAAGUAGUCAGCUGUUUAAAUCAUCACCGUCGUUUGUUUUGAAUAAUCAGCAUAACCCUCAUCAUUCUCUAGCGAGCGGCAUGACAUACCCUUUAUCACCAUUACAAAGAUACGAAUAAUAAAGCCC